AUGGGGUUUUCGUUGUGGCAGGAAAUAAGAGGAAAGAGGAAAGGGGCCCAACCUGCACAACUUGCAGUGCACAGGGAGAGGAGGAGGAGCCGCAUACUCUUCAUGGAGAGUUCUGCAAAGAAGAAGCAAGCACUAUUUCAACACCACCUGGCCUUGUUGAAAAGCGAGAGGGACAGCAGGGAGGUCCUCACAGUGAACCAAGGGAAGAGGCUGGAGAUGCUGCUGCAAUCAGGGGGGGAAUCCAACCAGACUUCCCCUGAUGGGAAUUACUCUGCUGCUUUGAGAGCAGCGUGCCCAGCUGGCUGGAUUGUUUAUGAAGGGAAGUGUUACUUUUUCUCAGAAGAAGAAAGAAACUGGACUUCUGCCCAGCGCUUUUGCAUUUCCCAGGGCUCUUCUCUGGCUACGAUUCAGAGUGAGCUGGAAAAGGUGUUCAUGCUCCGGUUCAAGGGUGAAGCUGACCAUUGGAUCGGCCUCCGGAAGGACUUCAAUGAUACCUGGAUAUGGGCAGAUGGGUCAGAAUACAGUAACACGUUGGUGGUGAAAGGAAGUGAAAACUGUGCCUAUCUAAGCAAGGAGUUUGCCAUUGCCUCCCGUUGCCACAUACCGAUAAAGUGGAUCUGCAGUCACCCUGAUGCGUAUAUGAGGAAUGUAAAUUCUACAGCAGGAAAAAUCAGAUGACAAGAGAAAUUAUGAUCAACCCCAGGGAUGUAAUAAAUCAGCAAUUUCCAUUCUGGCCCAUAUUAAUCACAA